UAGCGAAUUGAAGAAGUUUACUAAUUCUGCUCUUGCGUUUAACCAAUUCUCCUCUCUGCAAGAAAAAAAAAUGUACUCAAUUCUUCAGCUCGGUGGUGGAGUUGCUCAGCAAGUGGUGGCAUCUGGAUUAAGGUGCAUUGUGAGCAACCAGGAUAAGUGGUACUUGCACUACUUGGACACCACCUGGCAGGUAUUCUAUAUGAAUGAACCACUCACAAAUAUUACAAACUCCAAGCAACAGAAGUUAGUUAUUGGUGGUGAGGUAUGCAUGUGGGGUGAAUACAUUGAUGGGUCAGAUAUAGAACAAACCAUAUGGCCACGUGCUGCAGCAGCUGCUGAGCGGCUAUGGACACCAUAUGACAAGCUUGCCAAGGAUGCAAGUGAAGUUACUGGAAGGUUGGCUCAUUUCAGAUGUUUACUGAAUCAAAGAGGAGUUGCAGUUGCUCCAUUAUCUGGACCAGGCCGAGUUGCCCCUUUUGAACCAGGUUCCUGCUACGUGCAAUAAGAAGCAGAAGCACUGGAACAACUCCUAGUUGUAAAAAAGCAAUUUGGCUGUAAAUUGAAGAAGGGCCCCAGUUUAAUGUACCUCAUACUGGUGGAUGCAUCUCACCUGU